UCCCCUCUCUCUCUCUCCCCUAUAAAUCCCGCCCCUCCACUCUCACACACUUGGAGAUCCUCUUUUUCACCUUUCGAUCUCUCUCUCCAAAUCAAACACAAGUGGAGGAAGAGGAGGAGGAGUGGACCUUUGCUUUCAAUUGAUUGUGAUUUUAGCUGAUCUCAUGGAAGAGCAACUUCAACCUUGGGUGAAAUUCGCAGAGCACGUCGUCACCACCAACAAGCUCAUCAACAAUCCCCCGAGAGCAAAACUCCACCGCAAAGUCGUCAGAUUCGUCCUCCUCGACGCCGACGCCACUGACUCCUCCGGCGACGAGUCCGACGCCCCCGUCCACACAGUCCGCCGCCACGUCGAGGAGAUCACCUUCAACGCGCCGGCGCCGACGCACCGCCAGACCAAGAAGCGGCGGCGGGACGCGCCUCGCCGCGGGAAGUUCCGCGGCGUGAGGCAGCGGCCGUGGGGGAGGUGGGCCGCCGAGAUCCGCGACCCGGCCCAGGGAAAACGGGUCUGGCUGGGCACCUACGACACGCCGGAGGAAGCCGCCACCGUCUACGACAGGGCCGCGCUCAGGCUCAAGGGCGCCGCCGCCGUGAUCAAUUUCCCUGAGCCGCCGCCGCAUGCUCUGACGGAGAGUGACGCCGUUUCCUCGGGGAAGGACGCCGCUCUGUCCCCGACGUCGGUGCUCCGCUGCGAGGAUUUCACGGCGUUUGAUGGGCUCGGCGCGGACUUCGGGUUUGACCUGGACUGGACGUUGAGUUUGCCGGUGAAAUUUACGGCGGAGGAAUUCGGCGAGUUUGACUUUGAUGACUUCAUUAAUGAGCUAAGGUGACGUCAGCGUGUCGGGGGCUUAGUUGGCGGGAAUGCUCCUGGACUUUUCAAUGCUGUGUGUGUACUGUAUUUAAUAGUAGCCGUACACGUAUUAUUAUACACGGCGAUUUUGUGCGAGGACAUUUUUGGGCUACAAUUUAUGGUGGGGAAUUUGUGAUACUAUUGUUUAUUGUAAGUAAAAUUAUGGUAGCAUAUCAAAAUUUCAACAAGUAAAAAAAGUUUGUACCUAAAGUUUUGUCGAGUGAAAAAAGUUUGUACAACUCUCAAUGCAUAUUUAUUGACUUGGAGAA